AUGGCGACGGAUCCGUUCAUCAUCGAGGCCUUCUCCUACCUCGCCAUCUGCGUCGUCGUCGUCCUGUUCCGAACGUUCUGCCGGGUGAAGCAGACGGGUUGGGUCGGGCUGGGCCCGGACGAUUACCUGAUGCUGGCCUGCCUCGUCCCGCUGCUCACCGAGACGAUCCUCGCCUACAAUGUCGGAGCCCAGUUCAGGGGGCUGAGCAAUAGCAACAUGGCGGACGAUGAGAGAGCCGCGCUCUCGCCGGAUAGCGACGAAUGGCGUUGGAGGGUUGGCGGCUCAAAGGUCCAGAUUGCCGGGUGGGCUAUCUACACGACAUUGAUCUGGAUGAUCAAAGCAUCGAUGUGUGCCUUUUACAUGCGUCUCACGGCCGGGCUUACUGGUUAUAGAAUCCGCAUCUACAUAGGCUUCGGCGGCAUCAUCGCUUCGUACAUUGCCUGCAUGUGCUCGAUCCUCUUCAGCUGCCAGCCUUUCGAAAAGCUGUGGCAGAUCUACCCAAACCCGGGGAAUGUCUGUCUCCCUGCUGCGAACAAGGUCAACAUUUACAUCUCCAUGACGCUCAACUUCGUGACUGAUCUCUAUCUGUUCAUGAUCCCUAUUCCGAUGCUGUGGGCGGCGCAGCUCCCCAAAGUAAAGAGGAUCGGGCUGAUUGUCCUGUUCUCCGGUGGCAUACUCAUCAUGGUAUUCGGAAUUCUUCGCUGCACUUCCAUUCUCAAGAGCGAGGCUACGGGCCCCAAAGAAGGCGCCGCAUGGGGGAUGCGCGAGUCAUUCGUCGCCAUCAUCACCACCAGCCUGCCCAUGACCUGGGGCUGGGUCCGGCAGAUGCUGCGGCCCAUCCUGGGCUCGCUGCUCUCGUCCAACAAGGACCGCGCCACCAAGACGAGCCGGAGGACGCACCCGGAGCCCGGCAGCAUCAUGCUGGGCGACACCAGCGACACCAGCUGGAGGGGGGGCCAGAGGAACAGGUCGGCGGCCGUGUACAGCGGCUCCAGGGCGUCGCGGAACGACGUGUUCGUGCACACGGGGGGCACCGCCAGCUCGGAGGAGAACAUCCUGCCGGGCGGCAAACGGGGCGGCAUCACGAAACAGGUGGAGCUGACGGUGUCGACUGCUGAGGUGCCGGCCCCUGCCAGCUCAGACGUUUCACGGACGUCAUGUAGAUAG